UAAGUUUCUUCAGGAAACUUAUUUCCAAUAGAGUACUAAAUAGAUAAACAUAUUUACGGUGAAGUACCAUAUGAAUAAGCUUCUUCUGAAAACUUAUUUACAGAAGCUUAUUUACAACGGAUUACUAAAUGAACAUCUAUAAUAUAAUAUAUUUAUAACAGUGAGUUUAUAUUGUGCCAGAUGAGUGAAAAACCCCAAGGGUGGUUUACCGUAAUUUUCUCAAAUUUGGUUAAAAGUCGUAGUUGCCCUUCUUUGCACCCAGUGUGCUCUCUAGUCUCUACCACGCCGCUGUACCAACUACUCACCUAUUUGCCGAUGUGGCGUCAAGGUCUGAAUCUUGUGCGGCGAGCCUCACCGAGAUUAAUUGUUCUCCCUCAUUCAUCAAACUCUAGCUUCGGAAUCAGACAAAUUAUUACUGGUUCAUCUUCAUCAUCGAGCCCAAGCGUGUCGAUAUGGAGACGCAAGAAAGAAAUGGGAAAAGAAGGUUUAAUGGUUGCCAAGGAACUUAAGCGCUUGCAAUCGAACCCAAUCCGGUUUGAGCGGUUCAUUAAGUCCCACGUUUCUCGUCUUCUCAAAUCUGACCUUGUAGCUGUUCUUGCUGAGUUCCAAAGACAAGAUCUUGUUUCUCUCUCCAUGAGGUUGUAUGAGGUUGUCCGCAAAGAAAUAUGGUAUAGGCCAGACAUGUUCUUUUUCAGGGAUAUGCUUUUCAUGCUUGCAAGAAACAAAAGCGUAGAUGAAGCAAAGAAGGUAUGGGAUGAUUUGAAGAAAGAAGGAGUGCUUUUCGAUCAGCAUACAUUUGGUGAUCUUGUCAGGGCUUUUCUAGACGGUGGAUUACCUUCAGAGGCAAUGCACAUAUAUGAUGAAAUGAGGCGCUCUCCUGAUCCUCCUAUGUCUUUACCUUAUCGUGUUAUACUGAAGGGGUUACUUACUUACCCAGAACUGAGAGAAAAAGUGAAGGAUGACUUUCUGGAACUGUUCCCAGAUAUUGUAGUUUAUGAUCCACCUGAAGAUUUAUUUGAUGAAGAAGAAUGGAGAAAGGAGAGCGAUGAUGAUUAGAGUAUGUUGCUGACUCAAAUUUUCUCAAUGACAUUUAUAUUGUCCUCUGGACAAGAAGAUAGUGGUUUGGUAAAUUUGGUCUUGAGAGAUCGUAAAAGCCUUUUAGCUGCUGAACAGAUAAGUGCUUCUCAUUUUGAGAAUUUGAAAUCCAACCCUGGAAAACCGUGCAAAAGUGAAAGCUUAUAGGCACGCAGGUAUGAAGCUUACCCAUAAUAUCUAAACUGAAGUUUGGUCGCGUGCUUCUAAUGAAGUGGAUAUAUUAUCUUCUGCAAUUUGUGCUGGAAGAGAAGCUGCCAAUUUUCUCCUUAUUAUGUUUCACUCUUAUCAAAAGUUAACGAAAGCCUGCAGUUGUUGAGGCUAGCCAUUAUCACCAUCUCAUUUAGUUAUUCUUAUGAGAUGGUGAAUGUUAGUAAAUGCUUCAUCAAAUAAAUAUAUAUGGUCAGUCAUCCAAAUUAUUGGUUAUGGUAUCCUAAUUCUUCGGAACAAUCCGGUUUCUGCAGUACUGUUCUUGAACUCUAGCAAUGUUCUCAUAUAGUCACAUCAUGUGAUUGAGUUUUGAUCUUCACAUGAUUGAAGUAUCAAGCUAUGUGGUCAUUAUAUAGCAUUUGGCACGUUGCAGGGUUCGAUAUCUUCAAGGCCUGUCUGUAUAUAUUUCUUGCUGUCAUCUCUUCGGGGCCUUUUGCUAUCAAAGUAUUCUUACUAAAAAGUGCCGAUUCUGUGAGAUUUUGGUUUUGGAGUUUUAAAUAUGACAAUGCUAUAUUUGUUGCUGUGGAGUUUAGGUUUCUAAGAUAAUGCCUCGGCCUACAAGCACCAGAAAGAAAAAUGGAAAAUAUAAAUCAUUUUGAGGCUCCUAUUUGUUAGUCUAAGAAAUGGAACGGGAUUCGUCGAGCGUUUGGGCCGAUUGACUGUUCUAGUUUCAUGGUUCUAGCUUCAAUGACUGUUUGCUCUUUCAGAUCAAGCCAGGGAUAUGAUGUUCUGAUUCACUCGAGCGUUGACAAAACCAAAUUUCUUGCAUAUUAGAACUCAUUAAAGCUCGAUUCGCAUCAUUAUGUUCGAUAAAUGGAAUGAGGGAAGCUCCAAUAGAAAAAUAUUGAAAAGGAAAAAUACUUCGAAGAUGAACCUGUUCCAUGCAAUAGUCAAGAAUUCUUGAUGGUAUCGAGCUGGAACAACUUGUUCUUCCUGAAUAUCCCGAUUUAAGGCUAAAGAAUUUCCUUGCGUUCGGGGUGGAGACUCUUUCGGCCAGAUGGUCUAGAACUUUGAGAUAUGUGCCAUUUACCUUCGAAUAAUUGUAUUUGAGCAACGGUAUUGUUAUCCUAUAUUUGUUUGGGUCAAAGAGAUAAAAGAUGGGAGGAGAAGUAAAAAGUGAGGAUUCUAGGUAACUUUUUAUUUGCAAGUAAAUGAAGAAGGAAUAUGGAGUUGGACUAAAAUAAGAAGAAAUGAAAGACAAAAAUAAAAAGUUUAUUGUUAA